CUGGGCGGAGAGGCCCGGCCCGCCCGGCACCAUGUGCUGCUGGAGGCGCUAGCAUGGGCUGAGCCCGCCGUUGCCGCUUCCUCCUCGAACUGGCGCUCGGAAAGGCCGGCCAGCUGUCGGCUUCAUGGCCACCGAAGCCGCCACCGCGGCGGGGCCUGGCGCCCGGCUGCCCUCGUCUCCGACCCAGCGAGAUUUCUACUGGCUGCGCUCCUUGGUGGCCGGAGGUGUUGCAGGAUGCUGUGCCAAAACAACCAUUGCCCCAUUGGAUCGAGUAAAGAUUUUGUUGCAAGCUCACAAUCACCAUUACAAACAUCUAGGUGUGAUUUCUACACUUCGUGCUGUACCGAAGAAAGAAGGCUUCUUAGGAUACUAUAAAGGAAAUGGAGCAAUGAUGAUUCGAAUCUUUCCAUAUGGUGCAAUUCAGUUUACAGCAUUUGGUCAGUACAAAAAGGUGAUAAAGAACAAGCUUGGCAUUUCCAGUCAUAUUCACCGGUUAAUGGCUGGAUCCUUAGCAGGUAUAACAGCAGUGAUCUGUACAUACCCCCUUGAUAUGGUGAGAGCACGGCUGGCAUUCCAAGUAAAAGGGGAUCAAAAGUACAGGGGAAUUAUUCAUGCAUUCAAGACCAUUUACACAAAGGAAGGUGGUAUGCGAGGGUUUUAUCGUGGACUUAUGCCAACGAUAGUAGGAAUGGCUCCAUAUGCAGGUUUCUCAUUUUUUACCUUUGGUACCUUAAAGAGUGUGGGACUUGCUCAAGCGCCUACCCUGCUCGGGAGGCCUUGCUUAGAUAACCCUGAUGUCUUAGUUUUGAAAACUCAUGUAAAUUUGCUGUGUGGGGGCAUAGCUGGAGCCAUAGCACAAACAAUAUCAUACCCUCUGGAUGUAACCCGCAGACGAAUGCAGUUGGGAGCAAUACUUCCCGAUUCUGAAAAAUGUCGUACAAUGGUCCAAACACUGAAAUAUGUUUAUGGAAACCAUGGAAUACGAAGGGGAUUAUACCGUGGAUUAUCACUGAAUUACAUCCGUUGUAUUCCUUCCCAAGCCGUUGCCUUCACCACUUACGAAUUUAUGAGGCAGUUUUUACACCUCAAUUAAAGACUGAUUUGAUUUUUUUCAGUUUAUAAAGUAUUUAUCAGUAAGUUUCAGAAUAUAUUUGAGAAAUCACUAGUAUUUAAAAUGCUUUGUUUAAUAUACAAAAAUACAGUAAAAAAUUGGAGGAGUUCAACAAAACUUGGAAAACAAUUUACUAUGUAUAUAUUCUGCAAGAACCUUGAUGGAUAUACAGUUUACUUAACUGAAACCUAUACCCUUCCAAAAUACUGUAUGUUUGUGUCCAACUUUAAGAAUUUGAUCACUUUUUAAAAUUUGGGGAAUUAAUUGUAUUUUUUUUAAUAGGUGGCCAUAUGCCUUAGCUAAAAUAUAAGUUGCAGGCACACUUCAAAAUGCAUUCCAUGCAAUUGAACUGGAAUGCUUCUUUGCAGACGGGGUUAGGAGUGAUGUAUCAUUCAGUAGUGUACAAACUUAAUUCAGAGCCUGCUUUUGAGAUCCCAUUCAUGGGUUAGUGUAUAACAUUACUUCCAGAUUUUUGUAGUAACUAGAUAAUAGAUGAUACUUUUAUCUCUGAUGCAUUGCUCCUUGACUGGAAUCAAAAGUGGCGCUUAGGCUCUUACAAAACUUAGUUUAGCCUUGUAAACUAUUCAAUGUUUUUCUCUGAAUCAUGCUGCAUUAUAAAUAGUUUUUGAACUUCUCUCAAAGUUGGAGCAGAUACAGUGUAAGAAAUCCUGUAGGUAGACAGAUUGGUGGGUGGCACUAUAACACACACAUCCACUCACUCACAAACAUACAGCAUUCUGAGAUUAUGUACAAUCUUUUUGAUACAACCUCUUUCUCCUCCCAAAUGAGAUUGAGAAGAGGGGAUAAAACUGCCCCAUGGAAUCAGUAAUGCUCUUAAGCCAUUUUUAGUUUGUCCCUACAUUUGAAAAAAUAUUUUGCAAAGUAGGAAGAACUGCUUUUGAAGAAAAUAAAGCCCCCUUAGUACAAAAAAAAAAAAUUACACGAUCCUUGGAUAUCGGUACUUGAGUUUCUCUAUUAUUAACAGUAAGAAUGAAUACAUGUCUACUUAGCCUAAUGUAUUUAGCCUUCCAUAUUUUAUUAAUGCUGUUAUUAAGAAACUUAUUUUACAAGGAAAAUAUGUUUCACUUCAUGAAGUUACUGUUUGGAUUUCAUAUACAGAGUUUAAUGGAAAUUAAAAAAUGAUAGACAAAGAUAAGCAGAAGGCUCUUCUGUGCCCAUGUGGGAUGCUGCUGAAAGUUGAAGAGAUCCUGCAGUUUUAUAGCAUUAGAUAAAAUACAGAUAUAAACAAACUAGGGUACAUGUCUUUUGGGGCUUUUAGUUUGGCCAGAUAGUGUGUAUCUGUGCAAAUGCACAUGGACCAAGAUGCACAUCCAUCUACAAGAAGAUGAGAGAAGAUAAUUAAACAAAAAAUAAUAAUGCUAAAAGUCUACUGUCCUAAAACAGUUUUCAAGCAUGAAUUACAAUUUGUCUGAUUUGCAGCCUGGUCUGUUUUCAGCAACUGUGCAGAUGCAGCUUGUGGUAGAUAGCUCAUUCUGUUACCCUUGAGUGAUUUGUGUGCGCCUUUUGUUACAACCUCUCUGAUUGGGGGCUGUGUUGUUAUUAACGCCUUCCUCCUCACUUUUGAAAUGAGCCUGCGGGAGGAAUGGAAGCCUGAGCAUUUCAGUCAAGUUCUUUUCAAAUUAUACAAUGAUGAUGAAUUGCAGUCUGACAGCCUACAUCGGGACAUCAGUAUUUCUUUUUCAGGUGAACUUGCUCAUAUUAGUAAUCAAUCCUGUCCGUAUUGCCUGGAUGAUGUCAUGGAUAAAUUGCUUUCCUGAACUAGCCUUCUUCAUUAGAAACCCUCCAAUUUUAUAUUCCUGUUGCCCAUUGUGAAUUGUGGAUGUCUUUUAAGGAUUUGUUUGAUCCAUGGACUUUAUAUAGUAGAAUUCUGAUGAUCACACUUAAAAUUGUAAAACAAUUACACCGCUUCUCAAAAUUUUAAUAUAAAGCAAUUUUAUUUAUUUAUUGUAAAUACAAUAUACCAAUUAUGAACUGAUAAUGGCUAUGUUACCAAAAAGUAGUAGCUGUAAAAUGGGUAUUGCUCAUGGCCUGCAACAGGGACAUAUAAACUUAAAUUCUAUGGUUUGACUUGAAUGAAAAUUGAAGGUAUGUAUCUUUAAAUAUGUAAUUUGAUAUAAUGCUGGGCAGAAACGUACCUAUUUUUUUAAAUAAAAUGACUUGAAUAACAA